AUUUUGAAUCCGAAAUUUUGAAUCUUGCAUUCCCAUCUUCUUUAUUAUAAAUCUCGCAAGAACUAUACACCGUCCAGCUUCCUUCGCCCUUCCUCUUCUUCACAAUCUCCGUCUCCCUUCCCCCUCGCCAUGGCCGCCACCGUCCAUAAACCCCUCCCUCUUCAGUCCAGCACAACCCACAACUCCAUCUCCGGCGUGGCAGGAACGGCCGCCGCCGGCAAGAAGACGAUCGAGGAGAUUUACCAGAAGAAGACGCAACUCGAGCACAUUCUCCUCCGUCCUGAUACCUACAUCGGCUCUGUGGAAAAGCAUACACAGGCUCUGUGGGUCUACGAGAAUGAAGAGAUGGUACACCGACCCGUGACCUAUGUGCCGGGUCUCUACAAGAUCUUCGACGAGAUCUUGGUUAAUGCGGCCGACAACAAGCAGAGGGAUCCAUCUAUGGACUCCCUGAAGGUCGAUAUUGACGCUGAGGCCAACUGCAUCAGCAUCUACAACAAUGGUGAUGGUGUUCCGGUGGAGAUCCACCAGGAAGAAGGGGUUUACGUGCCGGAGAUGAUAUUUGGACACCUCCUCACUAGCAGCAACUACGAUGAUAACGUGAAGAAGACCACUGGUGGUAGAAACGGGUACGGUGCGAAACUGACCAAUAUUUUCUCCACCGAGUUCAUCAUCCAGACUGCGGAUGGGAAGAGGCAGAAGAAGUACAAGCAGGUGUUCUCCGGAAACAUGGGGACCAAGACCCAGCCCUCCAUCACCAAAUGCAAGGAAGGAGAGAACUGGACUAAGGUCACGUUCAAGCCAGACCUGCUGAAGUUCAAUAUGGACCAUCUUGAAGAAGAUGUGGUUGCUCUGAUGAAGAAAAGGGUUGUUGAUCUAGCUGGAACACUGGGUAAGACUGUGAAGGUUGAUUUGAACGGGAAAAGAGUACCUGUUAAAACUUUUGGUGAUUAUGUUAACCUUUACCUCCAAACUGCUUCAAAAUCUAGAUCCGAGCCCCUUCCAAGGAUUGUGGAGAAAGUCAAUGAUAGGUGGGAGAUAUGUAUAAGCCUAAGUGAUGGACAGUUUCAACAGGUGAGCUUUGUUAAUUCCAUUAACACCAUCAAGGGAGGGACACACGUUGAGUAUGUCACCAGCCAAAUUGCUAGCCAUGUGAUGAGCAUUGUGAACAAAAAGAACAAAAAUGCGAACCUGAAACCACACAAUGUGAAAAGCCAUCUUUGGGUCUUUGUGAAUUGUCUCAUUGAUAAUCCCGCAUUUGAUUCCCAAACAAAAGAGACUUUGACCACUCGUCAAGGAAGCUUCGGGUCAAAAUGCGAUCUUUCUCAAGAUUUUCUCAAGAAAGUGGCUAAGUCAGGAAUUGUGGAAAAUCUUCUUUCAUGGGCUGAUUUCAAGCAGCACAAGGAACUGAAGAAGACAGAUGGGGCCAAAAGGCAGAAAAUCACUGGAAUUUCGAAGCUAGACGAUGCUAAUGAUGCGGGAGGAAAGCAUUCCGAUAAGUGCACAUUAAUCUUGACUGAAGGAGAUUCAGCCAAGGCCCUUGCUAUGGGUGGUAUUGCAGUUGUUGGCCGGGACUACUAUGGUGUAUUUCCUCUUAGAGGUAAAUUGCUGAAUGUCCGAGAAGCUAGUCACAAGCAGAUAAUGGAGAACGCUGAAAUCCAGAAUAUAAAGCAAAUUUUGGGUUUGCAGCAAGGGAAACAGUAUGAUAGUGUAAAGGGUUUAAGAUAUGGUCAUCUCAUGAUAAUGACGGAUCAGGAUCACGAUGGUUCUCACAUCAAGGGACUCUUGAUUAACUUCAUACACACAUUUUGGCCUUCUCUUCUCAAAAUCCCCUCGUUCUUGGUUGAGUUCAUUACACCAAUCGUGAAGGCAACUUAUAAAAAAACAGGAAAAGUAACGUCUUUCUACACUAUGCCUGAGUAUGAAGCUUGGAAAGAAAGUUUGCGUGGAAAUGCAAGCAGCUGGUCUAUAAAGUACUAUAAGGGAUUGGGAACUAGCACUUCCCAGGAAGGAAAAGAGUACUUCCAAGAUCUUCAAAGGCACAAGAAAGAUUUUGUAUGGUCUGAUGAACAAGAUGGAGAUGCCAUAGAACUUGCAUUCAGCAAAAAGAAAAUUGAAGCCAGGAAGAAUUGGUUGCGGCAAUUUGAACCCGGAACUCACCUGGAUCAGAAUGAAAAACUCAUCAGCUACAGUGACUUUGUCAACAAGGAGCUGAUAUUAUUCUCCAUGGCAGACUUGCAGCGGUCGAUUCCAUCCAUGGUUGAUGGUUUAAAACCAGGACAAAGAAAGAUUUUAUUUUGCUCCUUCAAAAGGAACUUUGUGAAGGAAUUAAAGAUUGGUCAAUUUGCUGGUUAUGUUUCUGAGCAUUCAGCUUACCAUCAUGGUGAACAAAGUCUCGCCACCACUAUAAUUGGAAUGGCUCAAGAUUUCGUAGGAAGCAAUAAUAUCAAUCUUCUGCAGCCAAAUGGUCAAUUUGGAACUCGACACCAAGGAGGCAAGGAUCAUGCUUCUGCAAGGUAUAUUUACACAAAAUUAUCACCCAUAACCAGGUUUUUGUUUCCCAAGGAAGAUGAUCUUGUUCUGGACUAUUUGACUGACGAUGGACAAUCAAUUGAACCCACAUGGUAUGUACCAAUUAUUCCCAUGGUCUUAGUAAAUGGAAGCGAGGGAAUUGGUACUGGUUGGAGCUCUUACAUUCCUAAUUAUAAUCCAAGAGAUAUUGUUAAAAAUGUUAGGCGUUUGCUUAAUAAUGAGCCAAUGGUGCCUAUGAAUCCAUGGUAUCGAGGUUUCAAGGGUCUGAUUGAGAAAACAGCAGUGAAGGAAACUGGCGCCAUUACCUACACCGUCACUGGCAUCAUGGAGGAGAUUGAUAGCACCACUGUUGCUAUCACUGAGCUUCCAAUUCGAAGAUGGACUCUGGACUACAAGGAAUUCCUGGAAUCGUUGGAGACCGGAAAUGACAAAGUUAAGGAGCCAUUUAUUAAGGACUUUAGAGAAUAUAGCGAUGAUGUUAGUGUGCAUUUUGAGGUUACAUUGUCAGAGGAGAAUAUGAUAAUUGCGAAGCAAGAGGGACUUGACAAGAAGUUUAAACUCGCUACUUCUAUCAGUACUAGCAAUAUGCAUCUUUUUGAUCACAAGGGGGUCAUUAAGAAAUAUGAUACGCCAGAACAAAUUCUUGAGGAGUUUUUUCAUUUGAGGAUUACAUAUUAUGAGAAAAGAAAGAAAGCUUUGCUGGAUACUCUUGAGUUGGAGCUUCUUAAGUUGGACAACAAAGUUAGGUUCAUUCUUGGUGUUGUUGAAGGUCGGAUCAUAGUUAACAAGAGGAAGGGGGCAGAAUUGUUCCUUGAGCUGAAAGAGAAGGGUUUUACACCAUUUCCAAAGGAAACUAAGGGAAUUGGUGCAGCUACAGCUGGAGUUACAGAAGAAGCUGAAGAAUCCGAGGAGACAGCAGAAGUAGUUAUAGGUGGAGUGAAGGCCAGUGACUAUGACUACCUAAUAUCAAUGUCUAUAGCGUCCUUAACCUUGGAAAAGGUUCAGAAACUUUGCGCAGAAAAGGAGAAACAUGAAAAAGUGGUGGUGGAGUUGAGGAGUUGCUCGCCUAGCUCUCUAUGGAACAAAGAUUUAGAUGCUCUGGAAAAGAAGCUGGAUGAAUUAGAAAAACAGGAUGCUGAAGCGGAGGUAACUAGGAAAAAAAACAAGGAAAAGGCAGGUAAUGGUGGUGCUGCAGCUGCCAAAAAAGCACCAAAGAAGCCAAGAAAGAAUAACACGAAGCCUUCUGCUGCAAUUGAAUCCAUGCCAAUUGAUUCUGAAACUGUUCAAGAGGUACCUAAGCCUAAACCUAAGCGGCGCCAACAGAAAUCUACAGCUAAGACUGUUUCUGUUGAAAGUGAUGAAGAUGAAGCGGUGAUUGCUCUUAAAGACAGAUUGGCUGCAUACAAUCUUGAUUCGUCUCCUGAAACGAGUGCCAUGGAGACUGAAACUGUGGUAGAGAUUGCCGCAGCUAAAGGACCAAAGAAGAGGGCUGGAGCUGCAAAGAAGCCCCUCAAAUUGGAUUCAGAUGAAGAAGACACUGAUGAUGAAAACUUCGAGAACGACAAAGCUCCGAGAGGUAAGAAAGGAGGUGGUGGAGGAAGAAAGCCGGCAGCAAAUGCGACAAAAACCAAAGCCAUAACUGUAAGGAAGAAAGGAGAUGCACAGAACAAAUCAUUGUUGAGCCAGAAGCUCAUUUCUGAACUGUUGCCGCCUGCAACAAAUGCCGUCAACUCUCCGGAGAAGAAGGUGAGGAAGAUCAGGCCAUCUCCCUUCAACAAGAAGAGUGGCUCGUUGCUGAACAAGUCUGAAACCAGCGGAAGUGGGAGUCAGGAUUCUUCUUCCGGAGCUUCUGCUGAGGAUUUUGUUGCGAGGGCAAGGCCGAAGAGGGAGAACAGAGCCAGAGUUGUGUAUGUUGAGAGCGUAUCAGAAGGAUCGGAAGCGGAAGAUGAGGAGGAUGAGGUCUUAUCGGAAUAUUCAAACUUUGAGGAGGAAGAUGAGGAUUAG